CUUCCCCGUUCCCUAGCACUGACAGCCGAAGCUGCAGCCUUGUGUGUGUGUGAGGUUUUUUUUUUUGCUAUGGCGUCUGCUCGGCUCCCUGGACGGCUAUGAAAUAACCGAGCCGCACAAACCGAAGCAUCUUCUCUCUCUGUUUCUUUCUUUUUUUCCCCCCAUUUCUCCUCACGCAACCGAGCCGACACAGCCGCAUUGUGUUUGCCCUCCUUCUUCUCCUAUCUCCUGCCUGCAUCUUCAGCGAUGGCCAGUGUCGUCUUCCAGCUCUGACAGCUGGAUGAUGAUGAUGUCUUCUCCUUGUAGUCAGGGCAGACAUCUGGGCACAGCAGGCUCAUAAUGGACGGGCGCCUUUAUUAAAGGACUGGAGGAAUACAUAUCAGCUUCUACCGUUGGCCUUUUUUCUUUAUUUUUGCCCUUUUUUUUUUUUUGCAUCACAGAACAGGUGCAGCAUUUGUGGGGAAUCUAUCGCGGCCAUCCUUGGACUCUUCUUGGGGCCUGCCUCCUUUACAUCGCCUUGUUUAUCAUUGGGAUCGCUUAGUCUUGCAUCUGUGGGCUCCAUCAUCCUCAUCCUCCUCAUCCUCAUCCGCCCUGGAUGGCUGGGCUGCCGCCACACCACCCCGGUGCCCAUUGUUGAGCUCAUGGGACUGAGGAGACCAUCCAAAAGGUCUUGGACCUAUCCAUUCACCAAUUUCUUAGUGGCUUUACCGUUACGUUUUGGGCAACAAUAUCUUAAUCUUCAAUCAGCCUUGGAAAACACAACAGUCAUCUGAAGUAUUGCAAAAGAACUCCAAUUCAUACCUCUCUUGUUAUACCUCACAGCAAUGUGGUCAUUACAGCUGCUUCUCUGCUUGAUGCUGUUGAUAACCUUAACUCACGCUUUUAGUCGUGCUCCAAUUCCUAUGGCAGUUGUUAGACGGGAACUAUCAUGUGAGAGCUACCCAAUAGAACUUCGUUGUCCAGGAACUGAUGUUAUAAUGAUUGAAAGUGCCAAUUAUGGGAGAACAGAUGAUAAAAUUUGUGACUCAGACCCUGCUCAGAUGGAGAAUAUUCGCUGUUAUCUUCCAGAUGCCUAUAAGAUUAUGUCCCAGAGAUGCAAUAAUCGGACACAGUGUGCUGUUGUAGCUGGACCAGAUGUAUUUCCUGACCCUUGCCCGGGGACUUACAAAUAUCUCGAAGUCCAAUAUGAAUGUGUUCCUUACAAAGUGGAACAAAGAGUGUUUCUUUGUCCUGGCUUGCUUAAAGGAGUUUACCAGAGUGAACAUCUAUUUGAAUCUGAUCACCAGUCAGGUGCUUGGUGCAAAGAUCCUUUACAGGCACCUGAUAAAAUAUACUAUAUGCCUUGGACUCCAUAUAGAACGGAUACCUUAACUGAGUAUUCUUCCAAAGAUGACUUCAUUGCUGGUCGUCCAACAACGACAUAUAAACUUCCUCAUAGGGUGGAUGGUACAGGCUUUGUUGUUUAUGAUGGGGCAUUAUUUUUCAAUAAAGAACGAACCAGGAAUAUUGUCAAGUUUGAUCUUAGAACAAGAAUUAAAAGUGGAGAGGCCAUUAUUGCAAGUGCCAAUUAUCAUGACACCUCUCCAUAUAGGUGGGGUGGCAAAUCAGAUAUUGAUCUUGCAGUGGAUGAAAAUGGACUGUGGGUGAUCUAUGCAACAGAACAAAAUAAUGGGAAAAUUGUUAUUAGCCAGCUGAAUCCUUACACAUUGAGGAUUGAAGGAACCUGGGAUACAGCCUACGACAAAAGAUCUGCAUCAAAUGCCUUCAUGAUCUGUGGAAUAUUAUAUGUUGUCAAAUCUGUUUAUGAAGAUGAUGACAAUGAAGCCACUGGGAACAAGAUUGAUUACAUUUAUUUUACUGACCAAAAUAGUGAUUCAUAUGUAGAUAUACCAUUUCCAAACUCUUAUCAAUACAUUUCUGCUGUGGAUUAUAAUCCUCGGGAUAAUUUGCUCUAUGUGUGGAACAAUUAUCAUGUUGUGAAAUAUUCCUUGGAUUUUGGAAUCUUGGACAGCAAAACAGGUCAUAUUUCUUAUAAUGUCCCUUCAAAUCAUAUUGAUUCUAGCAUUGAACGACCUGUAUCUAGAGAACUUCCUCCAUCAAGGCAGUAUAAUGGAGCCAGCACAACAGCUACUACUACUACUAUGACUACCACAACAACACAAUGGACUACUACGUCUAGCACAGUAAAAACAACUGUAUUGAGUCGCAAGAACAUAUCAACAUUGUAUCCUAUGAUUGAAAUUCCCAUUGAGGUCACUACACGUUCCAUACCUAUUCCAUCACAAAUACCAGCUGUUGGUCCUGAGAGCUGUGAUGCUAUAGAAGCUCGUGAAAUCAUGUGGUUUAAGACUCGACAAGGGCAAACCGCAAAGCAGCCAUGUCCUUUAGGAACUGUAGGUGUGGCAACAUAUACGUGUAGUUCGGAAGGAGUAUGGGAUACAAAAGGACCUGACUUAAGCAACUGCUCAUCUCCAUGGAUCAGUCAUAUUGGGCAGAAGCUGAAGUCACUAGAAACAGCUGCCAACAUUGCGAGGGAGCUUUCAGAACAUACAAGAGGCCUUCUGAAUGCUGGAGAUAUCACAUAUUCUGUUCGUGCCAUGGAUCAGCUGGUGGAUUUACUGGAUGUUCAGCUGAGAAACUUAACUCCAGGUGGAAAAGACAGUGCAGCUCGAAGUUUAAAUAAGCUGCAGAAGAGAGAGCGGUCAUGCAGAGCGUAUGUGCAGGCAAUGGUUGAAACUGUUAACAAUCUUCUUCAGCCACAAGCUCAGAACGCAUGGCAAGAUUUGACUGCAAAGGACCAGCUGCGAGCAGCCACCAUGCUUCUUGACACAGUUGAGGAAGGAGCUUUUGUGUUGGCUGAUAAUCUCUUAAAAACAGACAUUGUUAGAGAAAACACAGACAAUAUUCAACUUGAAGUUGCAAGACUAAGCACAGAUGUAAAUUUAGAAGAUCUUAAAUUCCCACAGAAUAUAGGACAUAGCAGCUCUAUUCAGCUGUCAUCAAAUACACUAAGACAAAAUGGUCGAAAUGGUGAGAUUAGAGUUGCAUUUGUCUUGUACAAGAACCUGGGUCGCUACUUGUCCACGGAGAAUGCCAGCAUUAAAUUAGAAAUAGAAGCUUUGACCACAAAUCACACAGUUGUUGUAAAUUCCCCUGUGAUUACUGCAGCAGUCUACAAGGAAUCAAGUAGUAAAGUCUACUUAACUGAUCCAGUGAUGUUUACUGUUAAACAUAUAGAGCAAUCUGAUGACUAUUUCAACCCUAACUGCUCAUUCUGGAGUUACUCAAAAACAAAUUUUUCAGGACACUGGUCAACACAAGGCUGUAGACUUAUGACAACCAACAAAACGCAUACAAAGUGCUCAUGUAAUCAUCUAACUAACUUUGCUGUUCUUAUGGCUCAUGUUGCAGUUAAGCAAUAUGAUGUUGUCCAUGACCUCCUUUUGGAUGUGAUUACCUGGGUUGGAAUUCUACUUUCCCUUGUUUGCUUAUUGAUAUGUAUUUUUACAUUUUGCUUUUUUCGGGGCCUGCAAAGUGACCGUAACACAAUUCAUAAAAACCUAUGCAUAAGUUUAUUUGUGGCUGAGUUACUUUUUCUAAUUGGGAUCAACAGAACUGACCAACCGAUUGCAUGUGCUGUGUUUGCUGCUCUUCUUCAUUUUUUCUUCCUGGCGGCUUUUACCUGGAUGUUCCUUGAAGGAGUUCAACUAUACAUCAUGCUGGUUGAAGUCUUUGAAAGUGAAAACUCAAAAAGGAAAUACUUCUAUUUAAUGGGCUAUGGCAUGCCUGCUCUUAUUGUAUCUGUAUCUGCAGCAGUAGAUUAUAAAAGUUAUGGAACAGAUAAAGUUUGCUGGCUACGACAUGAUACGUAUUUUAUUUGGAGCUUUAUAGGACCAGCUACAUUAAUAAUCAUGCUGAAUGUAAUCUUUCUUGGGAUUGCUCUCUUUAAAAUGUUUCAUCAUACUGCUAUACUGAAACCUGACACGGGGUGCCUAGACAACAUAAAAUCGUGGGUUAUAGGUGCAAUAGCACUUCUCUGUCUUCUGGGACUGACCUGGGCCUUUGGAUUAAUGUAUAUCAAUGAGAGCACAGUCAUUAUGGCUUAUCUGUUCACAAUUUUUAAUUGUCUUCAGGGAAUGUUUAUAUUCAUUUUCCACUGUGUUCUACAAAAGAAGGUGCGGAAAGAAUAUGGCAAAUGUUUACGAACUCAUUGCUGUAGUGGAAAAAGUAUGGAUAAUUCAAUUGGUUCAAAUAAAACAUCUAGCUCUCAAGCUCCUGGGAGGUAUUCCACUGGUUCACAGAGUCGAAUCCGUAGGAUGUGGAAUGACACCGUUAGAAAACAGUCCGAGUCUUCCUUUAUUACUGGAGAAAUAAACAGUUCGGCUUCUCUUAACAGAGGAGCCAUGGCUAAUCAUCUUAUUACCAAUGCUCUGCUUCGUCCUCGUGGCACUAACAAUCCUUAUAAUACAUUGCUCGGGGAAUUGGCUGUCUAUAACAACCCUUCUGUAAGCAUAUACAAAUUACAAGAGCCCUACAGAGAGACAAAGGGACUUCUGAACAAUGCCAGGGAUACAAGUGUCAUGGAUACUCUACCACUGAAUGGUAACCAUGUGAACAGUUAUAGCAUUGCAGCUGGAGGAUACCUUACUGACUGCGUGAAAAUUAUUGACCGUGGCUUUAACCACAAAGAGACUGCCUUAGAAAAAAAAAUUUUGAAGGAACUUACUUCUAACUAUAUACCUUCCUAUAUGAACAACCAUGAGCAUUCAAGUGAACAAAGUCGAAAUCUGGUGAAUAAAUUGAUAAAUAACAUAAACAAUAUAAAAGAGGAUGAAUCAAUUGUCCUUGAUGAUGCCACCUCUUUUACCAAUGAUGAGAUAAUGGGCAUAGAACUUAUACAUGAGGAGUCUGAUGCCCCACUGCUGCCCUCACGUGUUUACCCUGCUGACAGUCACCAGCCUCUUAACUUUAACAGGAAAAAGAUUCCGCCAGACAACAAUGAAAGUUUUUUCCCCUUGUUAAAUAAUGAGCACACUGACGCAAUGCAAUCACCAAACAAGGAUUCUCUUUAUACCAGCAUGCCUACAUUAACUGGCAUCGCUGUUACAGGAAGCAUAACCACUAGCACUCAGACUGAUUCUUCGCCAGCCAAAACUAGGGAUUCAGAAGAUUUAUACUACAAAAGCAUGCCAAAUUUGGGCAACCGGAAUAACAUCCAUCAGCUUCACACUUACUACCCUUUAGGACGGGGAAGCAGUGAUGGAUUCAUAGUCUCACCAAACAAAGAUGAAUCUCCAAUUGAAGAAAACUGCAAAGGACCAGCUCACCUUGUCACGAGUCUAUAGAAUAUACAAAGGGGAAAAAAACCUGUUAAACUGUUUUACGAUUUACUUUAAGAAAUAAUAUUGUGUGUGCUCCUAAAUCUUUAUGCUGUAAGACUUUUUUUAAACUGGCAUUUUUAGUCCUGUGUACAGGAUACCAAUGUAAUGCUCACAUUUUGUUUCUAUUUUCAUCCCAAAAUAGACUUCAUUAUGUUAAUGAAACAAAGCAUUUAACGGCACUCUUUGUGGCCUUCUUUAUUAUGCUGUAUAAAGGAACUAGGUGGUGUUUCUAGUUUCUAGAUGAGUUAUAACGCUCUGACAUAUUCAGGUCUGGACAACAUUAAUUUAAAGGGUAAUGGUCCAUAUAAGGUAAACACUGGUGCAUACUGCAUUUGGCUAAAGUACCUAUAAAGAACAACAGAACACCACGCCAAGGAAUUUCUUAAUCUUGGCAAAGCAAUCUGUUUUCUGUUUGGUACCAUUGAUAUGAAAAACACUACUGCCUGCUCAGUUCAGUAUUCACCCAUGGUUUAGACCAAUACACCUUUAAACUGAUGACUGACUUAUAGCAAUCAGAGUUUAAGACAAAUCUAAUUAUAUAUUUUGGUUGUCAAUCAAGGUUGCAUUAUGCUUCUUUGCGGAUGUGAUCAAAAUAUCCAAAGUUAACCAAAAUGCAACCAACCCAACAUUAAAAUGAAUUUUAGAAUCACAUGCUAAUUUCAUAUAUUUGUGUUUUGCUGUAUUAACCAACUAUACCAACAAAUUCAAGAAAACUAAUGGCAGAAAUUUAAAGGUUUUAUGUGCUGUACAGAUACUAGCAUUGCACAUGCUUUUUGUUUCUCUGAAAUUCGUGUCCCUGUUAAUGUAGUGGAAAAUAAUCAAAUUUUUUUUUCUGCUUGUCUUACAAGUUUUGUCUCAAGCAAGAAGCGAUUCCCUAUGUUUGCCAUUUACCUUUAGAUUUUAUAAAGCAAAUGUUCACUUAUUAAUAAAAAAUGAACACAAUGAUUUUAAAAGUAAAACUUAUGGUAAAAAAGGUGUUUUUAUUACUAUUACAGAAAUUAUUAUUAUAGUGACAAACUUAGUUAACAAAAAGUAUAUAAAUUGCCAUAUAUAUUACAUAUUUGCAGAAAACAAACAAACUGAUAAUGUGAUGCUGAAGUAUUGCGGUGCUGAAUUUCCUAAUGUUCAGAAAUCACAACUGUGCAGAUCUACUCAUACUAAACAAAAUAAAUAUUUUUUCUAGGAUGUAA